AAUGAGUUCUUAAAGAGGCUGGCUAUUACUUUUCUCCACCUUAUCGCUCUUAGCAUGGCAGUGUAUCUUCGCCCUCCACCAGCGGAAGGGUUGUUCGGUACAGACGCACGUUCAAUCUGCCGAUACACUGCAGAGUUUGGAACCUGUCUAGGUGCAGUUAGUUUUGUUGUCUUCCAACAGGGGGAGGAAAUCAAAGCACAAGGACUUCUGGGCUUCCUUUUCAGUUUGAGUGGCAACCCUUCCAAAGCCGUUUUCCUCUUAGCCAACGUCUUGGUGAUGCUGUGUGUCCCUUUUCGCUUAGCAGAACAACGACUCAUUGAGGACCUCCUGCUUAUCAUAGCAAUACCAAGUUCCUGGUUUUUCCUUAUAUUCUUUGCUGGGGCUGUUAAACUGACAGGACCAUUUGUCACCAUGAUUUACAACAUGCUGGUUGGGGACAUUUUCCGAUUUAGUAUAAUUUAUUUAAUAUUUCUUCUGGGCUUCACACAAGCUUUUUACUUCCUGUUUAAGGGACACUUAGGGAAAAGCACGAGGUUUGAAACCUACCCCCGUACGUGGAUGUCCCUGUUCCACAUGACACUGGGAUUUUACGAG